AGAUCAUGCAACGACACCUAACUACAUCCACAACCACGAACGAUUUUGCAGCUGAUAUCCACAGAACGAAUUCUUUGAUCAAUAAAUCUUGAGUUUAUUGUUUCUUGUCAUCUACGAAAGAGGAGAUAUCCUUGUUCAUCGAUUGUUUCGAUACGCUAUCGUCGACGUGCUCGGGGAUUGCGGCUACGUGGAAAUUGUCAGAUAAAUAAUGAUGGCUUUGGAUCUUGAGAGACAGCUCGUCUUUUAUGGCGCUUACCACCAUAAUCCGGUAUACGUCCUCAUCAUGCUUGCUAUUGAUCAAUAUCUAACAGGGGUGGCUAUAGGUCAAUGUCCGGAUACACAUGAUUUUCGUCCCAGUCAUUCUCAUAACCAGUUUCCAACUGGCUACAAACACACCCACACUCAUCCCCCUCCCCGACUUCCUCGAAUACAAAUACCUCCCCCUCAACGCCGGCACAAUCGCCUCCAUAAUCUACGCUCUAGGCUACAUCCUCCUCGAACCGGUCGUCGGUCUUGUUUCCAUUCCCCUCCUGCUAGGUGCCGCCGCCUACAUGAAUUACCUAACAAUGACCUACGGCGCGGCGGCCACAUCUUGGUCGUUGGGCAUCUUUAUUGUGUCGUGGAUCGCGCAGUUUAUUGGCCAUGGAGCUUACGAAGGCAGGUCACCGGCAUUGUUGGAUAAUUUGUUUCAGGCACUGUUUUUGGCGCCGUUGUUUGUGUUUUUGGAGUACUUGUUUAUGGUUGGGUAUCGGCCGGAGUUGCAGCGGAGGGUGGAGGUGGAGGUGCAGAAGAAGAUUGUGCAGUUUAAGGGGAAGAAUAAGUAGGUUAGCAGACUGGACGUCUGCGGUCUGGGUCUGGGUGCAGUAUGGUUGAGUUGAUGCUGGGGAUUUGAUAUUAUGAGAGGUGGAGAUAGAAGAGACACGAGAAGAUGAAGCGUGAGAUGACACAAGCUCGGUCAAUUGGCAUAGUCCGGCCUGAUUACCUGAUUACUGAUGCGACUUGAAGUAUUAGCAUUUGCUGGUGUGACUGUUUACUGAAUGUGCGUUUUGGCGAUGUUGGCGCUAUUGGGAAUUGAUUCAAUAUGACUUGUCUGACGUAGU